AUGGCCGACUCUGACGGGGAGUAUGUCGCCGACAUGUCGGACGAUGAUCUCAUGGAUCACCGCGUCACUGACGACGAUCCUCAAGCUGCGAAAGGAAAAUCUGCCAAAUCGAGAAAAGGCGACUCAGCUAGAGCAUGGGAAGUCUCGAAACGAACAUGGGAGACGAAUCUACCAGAGGAAGAAGAUGGAAUACUUAGUCUCACAGCGCUUGAGGCUGAGAAGCGAAAGCGAUUACUACGCGAUACGACGCCCCUACAAAGAGGAAUCAUUCGACAUAUGGUGCUUGUGCUGGAUAUGUCUUUCGCUAUGAUCGAGAAGGAUCUGCUACCUACAAGGUAUCGCCUCACACUGAGCUACGCGGCUGCAUUUGUGCGAGAGUUCUUUGAACAAAAUCCUAUUUCGCAACUAGGAAUCAUUGGUAUGCGAGACGGAGUUGCUGUGAGGAUUAGCGAUAUUGGAGGAAACCCGGCAGAACACUUGGAAAAGCUAAAAGGGCUGGAAAACGAAGAUCCCCAGGGCAACCCAAGCUUGCAGAACGCUCUGGAGAUGUGUCGAGGAGCUCUGUUCCAUGCGCCUUCUCACGGCACACGAGAAGUACUUAUCAUCUAUGGCGCAUUACUAUCGAGCGACCCCGGCGAUAUCCAUGAAACCAUUGGCAACCUGAUAACGGAUCGAAUACGUGUCUCCAUUGUCGGUCUUUCCGCCCAGGUCGCUAUUUGCGCUGAUCUGUGCUCACGAACGAACGCCGGUGACGAGUCACAAUACAACAUCGCGAUGGACGAGGUCCAUUUCCGUGAACUUUUCCUUGCAGCCACGACUCCCCCUGUGACGCGCACGGCGGAACAGAGCACAGCCAGUCUUCUCAUGAUGGGCUUCCCGUCCCGAACACUUGUUCCUAACGGGACUACAAGUUACUGCGCGUGCCAUAAUCGGCCGUUCCGAGAGGGAUAUCUCUGCACCCGUUGUGGCGCUCGUGUGUGCCGCAUCCCAGCUGAGUGCCCAGCUUGUGACCUCACCCUUAUUCUAUCGACGCACCUUGCCCGCUCAUAUCAUCAUCUCUUCCCGUUACGAAACUGGGUUGAGGUGCCCUGGACUAGAGCCAAUCACUCUACAGCCUGCUUCUCAUGCUUAGCGCCAUUCCCUGAGCCACCAAAGGGCAAAGCACCCGACAAGUCUAGAGAAGACAGUGGCGCCCCAAAGACAGCCAAGGGCGUCAGUGAAAGUGGGCGAUAUGCAUGUGAAGUGUGUGGACAACACUUUUGCAUCGACUGUGACGUCUUUGCCCAUGAGGUUGUCCACAACUGCCCAGGCUGCCAGAGCUUAUUAUCUAAGACAGAUGCCGCGGCCUCAUUGGGUGAGGCGAACGGCACAGCUGCAUAUACCAACGGUGAUGUUGUAAUGACAUAG